AUGUGUAUAUUUACCACUAAUAUUAUCUAUCUAUCUAUCUAUCUAUCUAUCUAUCUAUCUAUCUAUCUAUCUAUCUAUCUAAAUGGCGCAGCCACUCGAAUCCGAGGAAGCCAAUCUACUAGGGCUGCUAUUGAAUCCCCAUUGCAGACGCCUGCUCAGGACGAACUAAGCGGAGGAAAUCAACAGGGAUUUUUCUUAGUAACGGUAAGUGAACCGAGAGAAGUCAAAUGCCGAAUCCCGUUGCAAGUAAACAGCUUCGGAACGUGUGGUGCAUGGGUCGAAUGCAGUAAUUGGUUUUCGUCCCGCGUAGUUCGGGACGAAAACCAAUUACUAUCGGGAGCGUCCACGGCGUUUUAUUCAUUGAUUCAGUGCGGACGCGACGCGGUCUUUGUUGAUCGCCUUUAUACUCGUCCCCUUUAUACCCGCUCCCCUCUGAAUUCGCAACCCAUUUCCGGUGUGCAGAUCGAUGCGUGGUGUCCCGUAGACAGAAAGCGACUUCUAAACUCCCCACCAUCAUCGCAAAGUCGGAGAGCCAUCUUCUACCGGUUUCUCAAACGUACUGCAUCCUUCUGCCCGGGACGGAGCAAACGAGAUCUGUUGUACGUCGCGAGCCGGUUUUUUCCCGACGGACACUCCCCGCGCGGCUUCAAAACUUUCACCACGCCGUCUCGGACACGCACCGAUUUUCGCCCUUUGCCGGUGCGCGACGUCAUCUCGUUUCAUCUUCGAACUUCAUGGGCGUGGAAGGUAACCCGCAUUAAUGUGCAUAAUCAGGUGAAUAGGGAACUGCCAUUGUAA